CUUUUUUUUUUUUUUUUUUUUUUACAGAGAGGAUUCUGGGAUAGUAGCACUUCCUGGAUUGAAUGUGAGCGUUGUGCAGAGAGAGGGUAGUGGUUACCGGGAGCAGGCUUUCGGCAGAGGUGACAGGCGAGUGUAGAAAUGAUCUCUAAGCUGACAUUCUGUGUAUUUCAGGCCACUGAGAAGCAGGAGGAGUCGUCUGACCUGCCCGAUAUACAUGGAGUCUGCGAAACGCGUGCUGGUCUGUCUGACCAAAGAGAACUCCCUGCUGCAGUGCGCUAAGUUUGUGCAGGGGAUCACUGGGCAAUACUCCGCCAAUAAUGGGGACAAAGCGCUCAUUCACUGCGGCCUGGACAGGAACCAGUUUGUAAUAUCGGACCGCCAGUUCCCCAGCUCGGCACCAGUGCAGCUGCAGAGACCGUCGUUCUGCCCCAUCAAGAACCUGAGCCCCACACAGGCAGCGGCCCUCCCCGGGGAGAUCCGGAACCGAGGGGUAGACGUCGGGGUGGCUGUGCUGGUCCAGUCAGUCAAUAAGAAGGUUCUGCUCACCAGGAGAUCCAAGAGCCUGAAUAUCUUCCCUAAUGUCUGGGUCCCCCCAGGGGGGCACGUGGAGCCGGGAGAGCAGCUACUGGAAGCCGGACUGCGGGAGCUCCGGGAGGAAACUGGCCUGCGGUUACAGGGAGUGCCCUGGUGCAUGCUGGGAUUGUGGGAGUCGGCGUUCCCUCCACUGCUCAGCCAGGGCCUGCCCUCCCGCCACCAUAUUGUCACUUACCUGCUGGUUCAGUCCAAUCAGACCCAUCAGCAGCUGCAGGAGAGGCUGUGCCCAGACGAGAGGGAGGUGAGCGCGUGUGUAUGGCUGGAUACAGAGAUAGCCAAGUGUAUUGUUGCUGCUGAGGAUGAUGCAAAGGAUUCUGGGAAGCCACAAGGCCCCGCCCCUGCCACUAUCAGGGUCUCUGAAUUAAUAAACGGCUCCCUGAGCCAAUCAGAUCGCAGCAUGGCCACAUUCCUGAGCACAGCGCCAAAAGAAGGGGAGGCCGUAGAACGGAUCAGCACCGGUACCAAAUACGCCCUCAGCCUGUGGCUGGAGACCCUGCCCAAGGCCCCUUCCCGGGAACAUGAAUAGGACAUAACGCAGACGUUCUGAAUAAAUAAUGUUUAUUUGCAGUAACACAUUUCCCUAAUCUGUGGGUUUCUGGCUGGAAGAUACAGGGUUAACCCUCUAAUAUCUGGCUACAAAUAGGAAACAUAAUACACUGGCGCUUUAAAUACAUUAAAUAUGUGCAAUGGCAGCUAGUGUCCCCGGCAGCCGGGGAAGCUGGUCCUACGGCGCUCGGAGAGACCCCCCUGUAACCGAGUACGGGGGUCUUAUCCAGGGCCCAAGGAUGAGACCUUCAUAUGUUUGUCAGACUAUACGGGGGGAUCUUUGGAGUUAAUAUUAAAAAACAGAUGGUAACCAA